AAGGUGACGUCAGAGGGAUUUAGUGAUCAAUUACUUGAUCAUACGUAUUUUUCUGCUUUGUUACAUUUUUCAGAAUUUUUUGGUAAAAACGUGUAGUUCUAGCUUCGCCUUUGUUAACUUUUACUUGAGAUUCGUUCUAAUAUUUUAAAGAGAACGAAAUGAUUUUCGCUCUAUUUAAUAUCAUUGCUUGAUCACCCGUUGCGGAGAAGCUUAAUUAGUGAAAGCGUCAACUAAAUUGCGUAAUUGCUUCAUUUGUUGGAGGAAUCCUUUUUUGCUGGCCAUCACCGACGAAGGAGGAGAAUUCUCGCUUUGUCUCUCUUGAGCUGUGGUUAGCAUUGUUUACUAAUAUUGAAAUACUUGAUAUUGAACUCGCUUUCACAUUAAGAACUAUGUAAGGCGAAGACAAAGGCUAGCGUCGUAUAUCUUCAAGACUUCACCUCUUGAAUACGACAAUAUUUACCAGAUGGCCUUCGCCUUGGUCAUGCGCAGAUCACAUUCAACUGCACGCCACUACGUCAUGCCGUUCGGAAGUAUUGUCAUUUUGCCUUUCGUACUUGUCAGAAUCCGUAAAAAUGCUCUUUAUUUUAAAGAAGCCGUCUUUGCUCGUACAGCCUUUUAAUGUCACUUUGCGGACACCACCCCUCAGGCAGCGGCUGAGAUAAACAGAAAUAAAUUGCUCCCUUUUUUUUUCUCUCUUCCUACGCUGAUAUUGUCCAUUUUUUAACCCGUGAUGAUCGCAUUGUUUGGCCAGUUCCGUACCUAGUGUUAUCAUAAAAAUGGCCUUUAACUGGAGAUGCGCUACGGAACUUAUUUUCGUAGAUGAUCCAAAGAAUUGAAGAAGAGCUCGCCGAUAUUUUCCUGUUCGUGUUUGCGAGCAGGUGUCCAGUUAUAACGCGUGCGCACUAAAUUCGAAAUGUUGUUUAUAAUAUGUUAUGGUUUCUGUAUGAAGAGGAAAUAUUUUUUGUGAAACCGCAGGGGAAAACAGCGAGCUUGAUGGAAAUUGUAUAGAGUGAUCCUCUCAGUUGGGUUACACAGCAUCAAGGUUUUUUAUUUCACCAUCUGUCAAAAUCCACUUUAUUUCCGAUUUUUGUGCCGACGAAAUCGAAUUUGCAUUCACACUUUGGAAAGAAGUGCAACAUUUACUUUUUCGUAAAAUCGGAGCGCAAUUAAUGGUGUGUAUUAUUGACAGUUUGCACUAGAAAGCUGAGCGGGAUGAAUCUUCGAGGUCUGGGCAAAUAGCUUGCGCGGGCAGAUUUGGUAUCGAAAAGACGCGCCGUUGUCUUCGUUACUAUGCGAUGAUGUACCAUUGGACCAAUACUUGCGUUGUAAAUGCCUCUUUGUGCUGAGUAAUUCGGUUUUUAUUUAUGGUUUGCGUGGUGCUAUUACUGGGCGAAAAAUGGGCUUUUUUGGUGUUUCGCGAAAGAUUAGAUGAAAAGAGCAGGACUAUAGCAUAACCUUCGUCAACAAUGUCAUUGAAGGAAAUUCGCCUCUCUUCCCCAGAAGAUCCGCGAGCUAAUGAAAAAGUUGUUAUAAACGUCGGUGGUAUUAGACACGAGACUUACACUACUACUCUAAAAAAUAUCCCAGACACAAGACUGUCCUGGAUCACGGAAAACAAGACACAACUUCCCGAAUAUGACCCAAAUACGAACGAGUAUUUCUUUGAUCGCCAUCCGACGGUCUUUACACAGAUCUUAAAUUUCUACCGCACGGGAAAACUUCACUGCCCCAAUGAUGUGUGUGGUCCGCUUUUUGAAGAGGAGCUUGCAUUUUGGGGAAUCGAUGAGCUACAGGUCGAAUCAUGUUGCUGGUUGAACUAUAAGAAACAUCGCGAAGCCCAGGCGAAUUUGGACACAUUGGACGGGCAUGAUUCAGACAGGGACAGCCUUUCAGACAUGGAUAUGACGGUGUACGGACUUGUCGCCGACAGCAUUAGAAACAAGAACCGCACUCUCUGGAAAAAGAUUCAACCCAAAGUUUGGACCACAUUUGAGGAGCCGUAUUCAUCUCGGCUGGCCCAGGCUAUUGCAUUUACCACACUGAUCCUCAUUCUGACCUCCGUCAUAACGUUCUGCCUAGAAAGUGUUCCCUUCUUUGAAGACAAGUCAUCCACUCAGUAUCAGGUCCUCUACAUCACGGAUAUCAUUUGCGUGGCUUGGUUUACACUCGAGUUUGUUAUGCGACUUACUUUCUGCCCAAGAAAGCUGCAGUUUAUCAAGAAACCUAUGAACUGGAUUGAUUUUUGUGCCAUCAUGCCGUUUUAUUUGGAUUUGUUCAUCAGCUCUUCCAAUAUCAAAACCAUUGUAGUUUUGCGUGUGGUCAGGCUUAUACGAGUGUUUCGAAUCUUUAAACUCUCGCGACAUUCAUAUGGUCUUCAGAUCCUCGGUCACACUUUAAGGUCGAGCUGUAGCGAGCUGUUUCUUCUGGCCUUCUUCCUUAGUAUAGGUGUGGUGAUAUUUUCAAGUAUUAUCUAUUACGCCGAAAAAGACAUACGCGACACCAAGUUCACAACCAUUCCAGCCUCCUUCUGGUGGGCUGUUGUCACCAUGACGACGCUCGGCUAUGGAGACAUGGCACCAGAAUCCUGGGAAGGAAAAAUCGUGGGCUCCUUUUGUGCGAUCAGUGGUGUUCUUAUGAUUGCACUUCCGGUUCCAGUGAUAGUGAGCAAUUUUUCGUUGUACUAUUCUCAUGCAAAAGCAAGGCUCAAGCUGCCGAAGAGGAAGAGACCGCUGGUCAUUGGUGCUGCUAACGCGCUCAAGGUUGCUCAAUCGUUUGUUACGCAAAGCAGUCCAAAAAUGUCCAAGGAAAUGGUAGCAGAUCAUAUCGAAAGUGAAGAUCAAGAUGAUUCGGAAAAGGAUGAUUCACGCCCUGGUAGUAGAAACCGUUGGUCGUCACCCUAUCCCAGCAUUCGCUCAACUCCUCGAGCGACUCCAAUGGAAAGGCGACGGCUCCCAAGUGCAAACACUGUAGUCAUUCCUCCAUCACCAAGAAACUCUCUACCAACGUUAGGGCAAGAAGUAAAGAGGGGGAGUUUGUUUGCAGUUCCAGAGGCAGAACGAAUCGAAAUAGAAAUGGUAGAGUGUAACCCUUCGUGUUCAGUGAUAGUUGAAAAUAUACCAACGAACGUAUCCACCAAGGAGAGUGUAUCCCAGCAGUCGUCACCAUCAGCUCUCAAUUCAACCUUCAGAAGCUCUGAAAAAGUGUCUGAAGUGUCCUCAGCAGCAACUGCGCUAAGCCCCAAGAGAAGUGAUACUGAAAGUGGUUCAUCUGUUGUUGAGAUGAAAACUCCGCCAAGCUCUCGGCAAAGAAGUACCUCUUCUAACCAGUCCAUGUCCAUAGAUUCGACGCAAGGCUCGCCAAAGCUGAACCCACGGGGGCGGAUGGGACGCCGCGGCAGCCUGUAUGUUGUUGGUUUUACAGCCAAACACUGGCAGAAUAAGGCGUUGAAGAAAAACAAGAAGACCCAAUCUGCUCAGACUGACACAGGUUCGCGUAAGCCUUCGGCAACGUCGACCGCAGAUCGCACAAGCUCUGCAACCCAGGCUGGUAUUGCGACGAGUGGUCGAAGAAGCAGUGGCAAAACUCCUGAUGACUCUGGGCUGUCUUCUCCGGAGAAAGUGUCUCAGUUACAUUCUCAACUCACUGCUUCAAGAGAGUCGGGAACUGCAACACAGACGGAAGAGGGUAGACCCUUGGCCCAAAAUGGUUUGCGAGACAUACCUGACGGCCAUGGUUACCACGGCGUUGAUGAAAGAAACAGUAAGAGUGUUCAUACGUCUAAGCGAUCUAGAAGUGAACCCCAUGACAGCUCGCGAUUCAAAGCCCUCCCAGUAAAUAGAUUACGCGACGAGUAUCAUAAUGGAAAAUCAACGGGAGUGUCUGUAUCUAUAGAAAGUAACGACUCCAGUGCGAGAUUGUCCGACGACUCAUUAACGAUUAGCGAUCGACACCGACAGCGACGCGGAUCCUCUCCACUGGUCAGACAAAAGGCCGUAUUUACUUUUGAUAUGCCUGAUCAAUUAGUGCAGGUUGACCCAAGUGCUGGAGGCCGCCUCGCGGCUUCGAAACGUAAAUCAACCCCGUCACGCGCACACGACGACAACGGAUUUUCUCUCUCCCCUCUUAUUGAGCAUAGCGAAAGUGACCUGGCAGAACCGAGGAAACUCAUGGAAACCCGAAGAAACUCGUGUAUUCCAGCAAUAACAACGGAAAGAAAAAGUUCCAACAAGGGCAAGAAAAGCAAGUCUUCAGGGAUCAUUCCUAACGGUUAUGUCAACGGUUCUUACCAUUUCGAUGAAGACGACAGAAGAUUAAGCGAGAGGCGGUUAUCAUCUGGAACUCAGAACAGUGGUAUUUCGAGCGCUAAAGAACUCUUCCUUGAUCCGGAGUUAAAUCGGUCGCGAAGUGAAACAUACCCGGCUUAUUUCGCACUCGGUCCAGAAGCGCACCCGUCUAUUACCCUCUCAAGUCACGGUGAACCAUUCUACACAGAAGCUAAAUCGUUCGGGCAUUACUCUGCCCUGGAUCAUCGACAAAUUUCGUCAAACUCUGAUUCAAACUUACCUUCUAUAAGUGAAGAACUCGCUGGCUUUAACUCCAAACAGCGCGGGGUAGACAUGGCCUGUUUAGAGACACCAGGGAUGCUGCCACGACCAAACUCUCUCCCCAACGCCUGGAGCGGGAAUCUUGUCCGACCGGUUGUAAUGCACCGUCCACAUAGCGACUCCGUCUACUUCAAUCAUACCGAUGCGUACCACUUCCCUUCGGAAGUGGGUAGUUCAAUGGGAAAUCUUCGACAACCCGCAGGAAUUCUGCGAUUUCCUGCAGCGAACGUUAGCCAAAGUGAUCGAAAGGGUCAACCGGUACGAAGGCACACUUAUGGUUCUUUUGAGGAGCAGAAAUUGAUUCGUGACCAGGAAAUGGAAAGCCUUCUGGCUCAGCGACGCCAAGGGCGUGUACUUUAUGUCCACGUGCCGCAAAGUGAAACCACGAGUCGUACAACAACUGAUCAUGGUGAGCAUGGUGACAGAAUGACGGAAGUAUCACGAUAUGAAAUGUCACAGUCGAAAAAUAACACUUGUGAGCACGUUGGCUCGCCUUUCUUUAAAAAGACGGAAUCUGUAUCGAGCCCAGAUUUGCUUUCAAUGAAAGGAACUUUACCGCCAGGUAGACUCUCUUCAAAUCUAUCUAAUAGUUGGUAUCAAUCGGCCAAUGAACCUCCAAGAACACUUAAUGGUUUUGAUGGGAUCUUUAGUGACUAUCCCAAUUACCCAUCACACCCUAGCGGUGGAGCGCUAUCGACAUGUUCAGUUUCUGUUCAUUCGGUUCCAAAUAGUGUACAAAACGUCUCUGUCAAACAUUUUGUUGAUGAAUCAAUAGCUGCUCGGUUGCCAUCGACUUCACGAUCAUCUGGUGAGGAAGCUGCGCGUGUUCAGAGCGCAUCAUCGCCAGCACUUGAACGUACGGACGGAGAAGUGAUGUUCAAUGGACAUGAGACUUUACAAAAAAGAGACAGUUCAAGCAGGCCUGCUAGUGUUCCAGUAUUCAAUCGUCAACGAGCUCGUGCAAUUUUUGUGGGUGAUUCUGGAAUUGAUAGCGUGGGUAGUUUAACUUCAAUGACACAUUCGUUGGAAGCCGAGGUGGAAAGCGUGACAUGUCCAAGUAACUCUAGAGUCGACAUCCUAAAUCCAAUCCAUGAGAAUGACACUGAAAUCUCCGAUUCGAGCCAAGCAGAAAACGCUCGAAACACUGGAACAGCAGUGUCCGUGCAAUCCGCGAACGAGGACCAUGAGAAGACUAAGAAAAAACAGCUAGUGAUGAGUAAUGUGAAGCUUAAUGGAAACCGUAUGUCAGAUAUUCUUGGUAACUCGGAUUUAUACGAGUCCAGCUUAGUGUAGAGCAGCUCAGAGGCUUUCGUCGUCAUAGAGCAUGGUCACAAAGCGAAAUCGUUGGUCAAAGGAACUAACAAAGGAUCAAAAUGCAUAUAGAAGUACUUACUCAUGUUCGAUGGCCAGUUCUGUAAGUAAAUCUCAUGUAAAAGCAGGUUCUUUUACGUUACCUCUUAGUGAGAAGGCAAAACUUGUGAAAAAAUAAUUUUUUGGUAUUAAAAGAGAUCAUUUAAAAGUAA